AUGUCUCACGAAUCCGUCUGGAACUCCCGCCCGCGCGGCUACGGCAAGGGCGCUCGCGGCUGCCGAGUCUGCACUCACAAGGCCGGUCUGAUCCGCAAGUACGGCCUCGACAUCUGCCGUCAGUGCUUCCGCGAGAAGUCUCACCAGAUCGGUUUCGUCAAGUUUCCCACACCUCACCACGAAUUUUUCUCGACAGGCAUCUACGACGCGAUUGCGGAAAUGGAGUUGUCGGAUUUUGAUCAGGAACAUGGUUCAGCACAUGUCUAA